AGGCAUCAGGUCAUUUGGCUCGACAGCGGGCACCGCGUCAUCUGGCAAGGCAGUGGGCUCCGAGUCAACAGGCACGACAGUGGGCACCGGGUCAUCAGGUACCGGAUUGUCUGGCUCGACAGCAGGCAUCGGGUCACAGGUAUGACAGCGGGCACUGGGUCACCAGGCAUCAGGUCAUUUGGCUUGCCAGCGGGCACCGCGUCAUCUGGCAAGGCAGUGGGCACCGGGUCACCAGGCAUUGGAUCGUCUGGCUCGACAGCGGGCAUUGGGUCACCAGGCAUCAGGUCAUUUGGCUCGCCAGCGGGCACCGCGUCAUCUGGCAAGGCAGUGGGCACCGAGUCACCAGGUACGACAGCGGGCUCUGAGUCAAUUGGCACGACAGCGGGCACCGGAUCAGGUACCGGAUCAUCUGGAUCAACAGCGGGCAUCGAGUCAACUGGC